AUGAACAAUCUUUCUCAGGGAUAAUUAGUUUAGUUGUCAGUGAAUUAUGAAAAAAUGAAUUGUGUUUAUGAAGAAUUUAAUUUGAUGAAAUAAGUGAUUUAAUUUUAAUAAGAUCUUGACCAUAACGAAAGAAGUUUAUUAGCUUAUGCUUCUGAUACUAUUUUACGUUAAAAAAUAGUAACUUUAGAUUAAUUGAAAGAGUUAGAAAAAUAAUCUGAAUUUUCAAAUAUCAAUAAAAAAAAAUAUUUUGAUAGCUACAAAUAAACUGUAAUUGAUGAACUUUUUAAACUGUUUAAAGAAAUUCAAGAAGUGUUAGAUCAUCUUUUGAGUAAAGAAAAUUUGAAAAUAAGCUCUAAAGUUUUUUACUUAAGACUGAAGGGUAGAUACCAUAAGUAUUUAGCUAAUUGUAUUGAGCAAGAAGAUUUGAAAAAUCUAUCAAUCUAUUGUGCUUUUUUGUUUUUAUCUUAAAGCUUUGAGUUAGCACAAUCAUUAAGACCUUGCCAUUACUAUAGGUGGGCUAUAGGAGUAAGUUUCUCUAACUUUCAUUAUGAUUAUUUUAAUGAUUUAGAAAAAGCAUACAGAAUUGCAAAGCAAACUUUUGAAGAUAUGAUUAAUAUUUGUUUUUAUCUUGAUUGUAAUAGCGAUUAUAAAUUAACAGAUUUAGAAAAUACCAUUAAAAAUAAUUAUGAGUUUUAUAAGGAGAAAUUUGAGUAAGCUGAUAAAAAUUAAUAAAUUUAAAUAAAUCAUUUAAUAUUUUGA